AAAACAGUGUAAAAAGCUCUCAGUUUUGACCUUCCAAAUGCUGCUUCUCUCUCAUCCUUCCCCAGAACUUCCACCUCAAUGAAGAGGUUUGAUAAGACUAGCUAUGACGAAGAAGACAUCGGCGAUACCUAUACGUCACGUGUUCUGGUUUGGUUGGAAGCUUGUGGUUAUACUCUCAGUCACGCUCUUCUCCUUGACUCUUCUGAGACUUCACCGCAACUCUCGAUCACAACUCUCUUCACCACCUCGCAGAUCUCGAAUUUCGAACGAAAUCUUCGAAGGACCUCCAAAAGUCGCGUUCUUAUUUCUCGCUCGUCGAAAUUUGCCUCUCGAUUUCCUAUGGGGAAGCUUCUUCGAGAAUGGAGACGUGGCAAAUUUUUCGAUUUAUGUUCACUCGGAGCCUGGUUUUGUGUUCGAUGAAUCGACUACGAGGUCGGCCUUCUUCUAUGAUCGGCAAUUGGAAAAUAGCAUUGAGGUAGCCUGGGGAGAGUCAAGUAUGAUUGAAGCUGAGAGGCUGUUACUUGAAGCGGCUCUCCAGGAUCCCGCAAAUCGGAGAUUUGUUCUAUUAUCAGACAGCUGUGUUCCUUUGUACAACUUUAGCUAUAUAUACAACUCUUUGAUGGCUUCUCCAAAGAGUUAUGUGGACAGUUUUCUUGACAAAAAAGAAGCUCGCUAUAACCCAAAGAUGUCACCUGUCAUACCAAAAAACAAAUGGCGAAAGGGAUCACAGUGGAUCACUUUGAUUCGAAGGCACGCAGAAGAAGUUGUAGAUGACGAGGUCAUUUUUCCAGUCUUUAAGAAGUUUUGUAAGAGACGCCCACUUGUGGAUGACAGUAAGGGAAAGCAAAAUCUUAAACUUCAGAAGCAGCACAACUGUAUCCCAGAUGAACAUUAUGUGCAAACAUUACUUGCAAUGAGUGAUCUUGAAGGUGAACUUGAACGAAGAACAGUGACCUACAGUUUAUGGAAUCUGUCUGUGACAAAUAUGGAAAGAAAAGGGUGGCAUCCUGCUACAUUUAGCUAUGCAGAUGCAGGGCCUCAACAAAUUAAAAAAAUAAAGGACAUCAACCAUGUAUACUAUGAGACUGAGUAUCGGACAGAAUGGUGCAGGAAUAAUUCUACAUUAAUUCCCUGCUUCUUAUUCACGAGGAAAUUCUCUGAAGGAGCUGCCAUGCGUCUUCUAAGCGAAGGAGUGGUCGGUUCCUUUGAUGCCUCUGCACUACUAAGUACAUCGCCCUGAUUUCUCACAACACUUUAGCUACUAGUUUUCCAUGUUUUAACAGCAUCUUUAACCGGCAACAUACCCACAGAAUAUAACUCGGGCAGCAAGUGGAGCGCCCGUUAGAACUUUACUGAUUGUAUUUCACAUCGAUACCCGUGAAAGUUUUUGAUAGCACACAAUCUUAAAAUGUGACAACGACACAGGAGAAAUAGUGUGUGAUAGAGAUUUGCCGGGGUUUAAGCUAUAAGUGCACCCGGGACGAGUUGUAAAUUGUUGAUAUGGUCGCAUGAUUAAUAGAAGUUGCUUAAUUCUUUUUGUUUCUCCCCUUCGUGGGAAAUGACAAUAACUAAUCGAUGUUUUAAUGCUCAAGUUUCUGUUCUGUCAAUGUUAUUUCUUAUUUCCUCAAUUUUUUUGUCUUUGCUCUUUGGUGUAUUUAGGUUUUGG